AUGGCAAACCCAACUGCCUCAAUCGAUAAUCCAGAAACAUGGCACUUGUUUGCUCAAUUGGAUCGAGAGUUUCUGCAGCUGGUUGAUGGCGGCACAGGAUCAAGUCUCGAAAAUGAGGAGAUGAUUCCAUGCCUAGCAGAGUUCCGUUCGAGGCGCAACCGGGUGUUUCGAGAAAAAGCAGACAAUCUGCUUGAAGAAACCAAUGGGGAGGUUACGGAAAAAGAAAUUUUCAUUCCGGUGCGAGAUGGCAGCACGGUUCGGGCACUUGUGUAUCGCAGCAAGUGUGGCGCGACAAAGAACAUGCCUCUUUUUGUUAUUGUCCAUGGAGGCGGAUUUCGUAUCGGCAACGCUGAGCUGGAGUCUAAAGCAUGUGUUGGUGCCACGCAGAGAUAUGGAUGCGUUUCGGUCAGCUUGGAGCACCGUUUGUCGCCUGAGUUCAAAUUCCCUGUUGCUUUUGAGGACUGCUGGGACGCGUUACUCUGGCUCGCUAAAAAUGCAAACACGAUUGGUGCAGACCCAUUGGAGGGUUUUGUAUUUGGCGGAACAUCUUCCGGGGCUCAUAUUGCGAACGCACUCGUACAUCGCGCCCGUGAUGAGAAUCUCCAGCCUCCAAUCACUGGGGUAUAUCUGAAUGCGGCGCCUACUUUGGCUCCACAAGCUAUGACGGAUGAGUAUCGUGAUCUUUCGAAGAGCCGAGAGGCUCUCAAGGACGGCCAUACACUUAACUCGAAAAGUAUUGAAUUGUAUGAUCAUGAGAUUCAGCCGGAUUUCUCGUCUCCCUUGUGGAGUCCUCUGCUGUGGCCGACAGGACAUGGUGAUUUGCCGCCAACCUUUUUCCAGAUUUGCGGUGCUGAUCUGCUGAGGGAUGAUUCUUUAAUCUACGAGAGAGAAAUGAGGGUUAGGAAUGGUCUCAAGACCAAGGCAAUUGUCUAUCAAGGCUUACCCCAUGUAUUUUGGUACACACAUCCAUCCCUUUCUGCGAGCAAAAGAUUUGAGGAGGACACAAUAUUGGGGGUGGGGUGGCUUUUUGGUGAUAAAUAG